GUGCUCUUCCAGAGACACUUAGAAAGGAGUAGGAUCCUCUCCUGAAGCAACUGGUCCUCCCUUGAGAUGCGGGUUUCGACCGAGGCCACUACGGUAGUUCGAGUAAAUCAAGAACUGUUGUCUUACGUGGGCACCGGUUGAGGGCUUGUUCUAACUUUAAAUUGUAAAAGGAAUGGCUAGUUAUUUUAGUAGCAACCGACUAGGUUAUAACGUUAGCUAUCUAAGUUUGUGUGUUGCUGUAGCUACCAUUAGCUAACUGGUGAGAGGUGAGUUUGUAAUGCUGUGUGUUAUGUCUCGUACCUUGACUAUCAUCCACGUGUGGCUACUGGUUUUUAAUUAGCUCCCGGGCUAACUAGCAGUCAGCUGAUUAACUAGCUAGCUAGUGGCAGAUUAGCCUAGGCAGCCGAUAGUGGCUAAACUAGUACAGUAGCGGAUGCAAGCGAGACGUUAUCUCACUCUUCGCAUGUUUGUUGUCAAUUCUAGCCUCUUCGCUCCAGGAUAACUGUACACACAGCUCCUGGAGCAGAGGCUAUGCCAAUUCUCGUUUUGGGGCACGAUGACGUCAAUUCCAAACAUGGCCAGAGAACUGUCCAUGUCACGUCAAUGAGCUAGCUAGCUAAUGAACAUUUUAUUAGGCUAAAAACAAACAUGUUAUCCUUGCCUAGCUAUACGGCAUCAACUUUGCUCAAGUUGCAUUGUAUGAUUCCACUUGUUGCAUCCCCGACAGUUUCUUGCUUUAGUGUGCAUAAUCAACUAGCUUAGCUAGCAUGCAUUUGCUAACAUUUCAUCCUUCACUGUGUGUGUGGAUUUGAAUGACGUCUGCUGCACGUGGGCAGGUAGCUGGGUAGGAAGAUAGUUACACAAAUUGAGUGACACAUUCCAAACUAGUUUGUAGGAUCAAUGACCAGUCAUUUGUCAUGCAUGUGUAUGGAAUUUAACUUUUGACGGCUGUUUUCUCAUCUUUUGUGGACAUGCAAGCAAAGAGUUCCCUAGUCUCACUACAUCAACUACCAACCAAAUUUUCAUGAAAGAUAGAACAUAAAUCAUGCAAUCACAGUGCUUUGACAUCCAUCAAGUGUUUGCAUCCUGCCAUCUGAUUUCCUGCCAUCCAUCCCCUCAACUUCUUUACAGUGAUUUGCUGUGUUAACUUCAUGCUGCUUGUUUGAUAAAUAUCACCCCUUUACAUCUCAACCUCCUGCAUGACUCCCCCAUAAUCAUCUGGCCCUCAGUCCAACUGCAUGUGUCCUCCCCUUGCCUGAACUGAGUGGGCCUCCACUAAACUGCAUGCGCUCUCCCCUGAACUGAACUGAGUGGGUCUCCACUCGGCGUGCCUGCUUUUCUGUGAGUGCUUCACUGACCAUGGGGAAGGACAGGGGGGAUAAUGCUAUGGUUCUGUCGUCGAAGAGGCCGUGCCACGGGUGGGGGGACCACGGUCGCGACCUGGAAAAGCUGCGUUUGACCCUGGAGGCAGAGAAGUGCCGUAACCACCAGGCUCACCAGAGGUUCUCUCUGGAGCUGCGUCGGCUCCGCGAGGAGGCUGAGAGGGAGCAGCAGCGGGCCCUGAGGGAGCUGACGGCCAGGCACGAGCGACAGAAGGCCCUGGAACUCCAGCGGCUACAAGAGGUGCUGAGGAGGGAGCAGGCUGCUGAGGUGAGACACCUGCUGAGAUACAAAGGACAGGAGUUAAAGGCGGUAGGCACCGGGCUGGAGAGGGAAGCUGCCACCAGGCAGGCCAGGGAACUGCAGCGCCGGCUGGCUGAGGAGGCCAACACAACCAUCACUAAGUCUGGGUGGAAGAGCAGGGUGGAGAACAUAGACAGAGAGCCUGGUUGUGUCUGCAGCGGUGCCAGCUGCCGUAAGCUGGAGCAGCUGCUGGUGAGGCUGCAGGUUACAGAUAGAGAUGGAGAGCAGGCUGUGUUCCUCCAGCGUCUCAGACAGGAGCUGGACCUGGAGAAAGACCUCUGCCACCUGCUUAAAGUUGACGGACAUGGACGACGACUAGGGACCAGGGAGGUGAAAGAGAGGAACCAGAGCUCCUCCAGGGCUCUCAAAACCAGGCACAGGUCUAAGAGCUGUGUCCAUCUCAGCAGCAGCACCACCCAGGACCAGGAAGACCACUCCCAUCGCAGUGGGCCUCCACCACUGGCCCGCUCCAGGUCCCUUUCCCAGAGCUCCAAGAGUCCCUCAUCCCCUCCACCCAAGAAGAGAACCAGGAGAGAGCAUAUGAACGUGGCUUCAGGAAGGAACCUCAGUGCAGCUGCCCGCUGCUCCUCUCCCCUGGCUGGGGACACCUGUCGAAGCACCAGCUCCCCUCAGACCACAUCCUCACCCCAUGCAGGCUGGGACCUCCAGUCUAAGUCGCCUGGGUCAGACAAGUCCUCGCCCUCCAAAUACUCUGACAAAGACAACAUGGAGAAUGGCACUGACUAUGGGUUCUUGGUGCGUCAGAACUCUGAGCUGCUGCAAGCUCUGGAUGAGAUGGAGAAGACCUGCACCAACCUGAGAGAGGAGAACGGCCUGCUGAGGAAGAGCAGUGUCCCAGAGACUGAGGAGAAGGUGAGGCGUCUGAGGAGGAAGAACACAGAGCUGGCUGUCAUCGCUAAGAGACUGGAGGACAGGGCACGCAAACUACAGGAGGCCAACCUCAAAGUGGUGAACGCUCCAGCUCCGGUGCGGCCAGGGGCGGUGGAGCAGUACAAGAGGGCGUUUGCCCGUCAGAGAGCCCGUGACCUGGCACAGCAUGCAGAUACACUGCUCUACAAGGACAAGGAGAUUGCUGCCCUUCAGCAGGAGUGUAGGCAGCUGGAGACCCGUCUGGGCACAGCCAAGGGCUGCCCUAUCCCGUCCAGCGUGGUGGAGUUUGAGAGGCUGCUGAGGGAGUCCCAGAAGGAGGUGCUGAGGCUCCAGAGGCAACUGGCAGUCUCCUCCUCCAGAGUCACCUCCUCUAAAGAAACCUCCUGCAGGGAGCACAACGGUCACGACAGGCCCUGCACACCUGAGGAGAAGAGGAAAGAGAAUGUUGCAGCAGAGACCCCGUGUGUGGCGUUAGAUGAGGCUCCAUCCAGGUGUGAGGAGACUCCCAGAGAGGAGGAGGAGUCAGGGUCGCGAGUGACCCCACCCUCACGAGGCCUCUGCCCCGCCCCCACCCCUAGCCUCUCCCACCAGGAGGAGCACACAGAGGAGCAGCGACUACAGUUGCUGGAACAGGAGCUGAGUAAGAAGAGAAAAGAAUGUGAAAACCUUGAGCAUGAAGUAAGGAAGAGACAGAAGAAAUGUCUAGAUUUGGAGAGCCUGCUUGAGGAUGAGCGGGGCAAAAAUGAACAACUAGAGGAGGAGGCGGAUCUCCUCAGGAGGAAGGCACAGCCGCUCGACCAGGCCCGGGUUGAGAAUGAGGAGCUGAGGGAAGACCUCUCUGAAGUGACCGCUCAACGUGAUUCAGUUCUCGAGGAGAACCAGAGACUCCGUGCCAAACUGGAGAACCUAGAGCAGGUCCUAAAGCAUAUGCGAGAGGUCGCCGAGCGAAGGCAGCAGCUGGAACUAGAACAUGAGCAGGCACUGGCUAUCCUCAAGUUUAAACAGGAUGAGAUCAAACGGCUACAGCGGGCUGAGUUUUUUGCCAAGAGGGAGCAUGAGGGGGUGGUACAGUUGCUGGAGGACUUGAUCCAGCUUGUGUUGCAGAGGGAGCUGUCUAAGGUGCGCGAGUUGGAGGAUAAAUGUCGCAGCCAGAGUGAACAGUUCGGCCUGCUCAGCCAUGAGCUGGAGACCUUCCGACUGCAGGCCGGCAAACUGGACCUGGCCAGCUCCGCACUCCUCACUAACCAUGCCCUCUGCCAUCUGACCAACGGUGUGGGCCUCGCUGGGGAUGUGGCGGCAACUCUCCAGAUGGGGGCCACCCCUCACGCUGCGGGUCUCACGCGCUCCCCCACCACCAAGCACCGUGAGCUGCCCACCAUCAGCCUGACCAAGUCCUCCAGCUCCCCCAAGUCUGUCUCUGACACCACCCACCUCUCUCCAAAGUCGGCCGAGUCCCACCACAGCCCCCAUCACAGCCCACGCAGGACCAGCCCCACGCCACACGAGGUUGACACGGCCAGUGAAGUGGAGGAAUUGGACAUUGAUGUGUCCCCAGCACCGUACACCGCUCUCAGAGGAGCCGCCAAGCUACAGGUCUUCAUCGGCAGAUACAGCUAUAACCCCUAUGAUGGUCCAAAUGAUAACCCAGAGGUGGAGCUGCCACUCACCGCUGGGGAGUACAUCUAUGUUUAUGGCGGUAUGGAUGACGACGGCUUCUAUGAAGGUGAGCUGAUGGACGGGCGGAGAGGGCUGGUCCCCUCCAACUUUGUGGAGCGCGUCUCAGAUGACGACAUGAUGAGCGCCCACGUUCCAGAGGGCACGGACAUAUCCCACAACUCCUUGCUGGACAGCAGCCUGCACAGUGCCAGCCACCAGCACCACCUCCGCCUGGGGAGCCCAGGUACCUCUGAGAGGACCGACCCUACGUUUGCAGCCUCCAACCCAGGUCCCCUAUCUGUCUCUUUCCCCUCAGGGGAGCAAGUCCCGGCCCCCACGGACCCCUCCCCCCGUCCCCUCCUCUCCCCAGCCCCCCUCACCAACGGCCUGGACCUAGACCUGGAGGUGGGGGUGGACACUGUGCCUUACCCGCGCAAGCUCACCCUCAUCAAGCAGCUGGCCAAGAGCAUCAUCAUUGGCUGGGAUGGGCCGCUGGUGCCAGCGGGCUGGGGCAAUGUGUGGAGCUACAAUGUGUACGUGGACCAGGAGCUGAGGCUCAACGUGCCCUUCGGCUCUCAGACUAAAGCUGUCCUAGAGAGACUAGACGUCAAUCUCAAGGCCUAUCGAGUGUCUGUGCAGAGCCUGACUGAGCGCGGCAGCUCAGACCAGCUCCGUUGCUCCAUGCUGGUGGGCAGGGACGUAUGUGUGGCGCCCACCCAGCUCAGAGUCGACCGUGUUACCGCCACCUCGGCCAGCCUGUCAUGGCUGCCCAGCAACAGUAACUAUGUGCACAUUGUGUCCUUGAACGAGGAGGAGAUGGAGCUGGUGAAGGCUGGCAGCUACUCGCUGUGUCUCAGUAACCUUACGCCCAGCCUGCACUACACGGUCAAGGUGGAGGCUCGGCCACACCAAACCCCCUGGGAGCUUCCCCAGGAGAGGCGGGAACACAAGACCGCCACCACUACCUUUACCGUGCUGGCCGCAGGUCCCCCUGAUGCUCCUCUGGAUGUGCAGCUGGAGCAGGGGCCCUCCCCGGGAAUCGCCCUUAUCAGCUGGCUGCCUGUCACCAUCGAUGCUGCUGGGACCUCCAACGGAGUACGCGUUACCGGAUACACCAUCUAUGCUGACAAGAAAAAGGUGUUGGAGGUGUCAUCCCCCACGGCAGGCAGUGCCCUAAUGGGCCCGUCUCAAAUCCAGUCCCUUAUGACGGCCCAUCAGCUCACCGUGCGCACCAUGUCCGGCCACGGGGAGUCCACUGACUCUGUGCCAGUCAACGUGCCCGCCAAGCUAGCCGCCAUCAUGACGGACCAGGCCUCGGCUACCUCCGCCCCUUGCUCCUUGUCACCCCCCGUUCACCAGUCACCACCCUACCAGUCACCCCCUGUCCACCAGUCACCCCCCUUCUUGUCUUCAUCACCACCCGUACAGCCCCAAUCCCCGUCCUAUGGGAACUCAGCUGCCAAAGUCUCCACGCUACCCUACGCCACGGCCUCACCGCCGCUAGACGCACACGCCAUGGUCCCUAACGGGGGGCUGCCCUCUGCCAACUCUCCCCCAGUCCACACCCUCCACACAGAGGCCUCCUCCCCACUCGCUGCCUCGUACGCAGAGGCCUGGGCCAACCCCUUAGCAAAGUCUCCUGUUCCCCCUCGGGAUGCCUUGGCAGUGCAUGAGGCCACCAUGUCACCUCUAGUAGCACCAAACUAUCAGGCCAAGUUGCCAUCAGUACCAUCAGCCUAUGAGGCUAUGAUGUCACCACCAAUACAACCAGCCUAUCAGGCCAUGCUACCACCAGCCUCUCACAUCAACACAACGGUCAAUGCAGCCUUGCCCCCCAGCCAGAGUCCAGUCCCAGGCCUAGUCCCAGCAGCAGCCAUGGAGCAGAGCAGAGCAGUCACAGAAAUCCCUGGAGCUCCCCGUCCUGUCAUGUCCAUCACAGACUUUCUCCCCAUGGAGGACUACUCCCGUGCAAACCUUUCAACCCCUGAGCCCUGCCCCACCCCACCCCAGGACAGACACUCUCUCCAGCCCCCCAAAGCCCCCUCUCCCCUGGAGUCAGAACCAGACUACUCCAUGGAGAGGUCGACCACACGCCUGGUGUCCAUGGAGGAGUUCCUCAGGCAGGAGAAGGACCCAGGCUUCAGCAGGCAGCCACAGGGUUAUGCGGUAGGCCUGGUGGAGCCUCUGUACGGUGCAACAGAGAACAGUAGGGGCUCGGACCUGUCUGAUAUCCUGGAGGAAGAGGAGGAGGAUAUGUACUCAGACCCCCCUGGACCCGCCCUGGCCCGGGGAUACACCACAGGGGCCGACAGGCCAGACCAGUGGGAGGUGCCGGACAGUGACGAGGAGAUUCUGGAGAGUAUCCUGAAGCUUCCUCCACAGGCCCACGCUCAGGCCUACCACUACCAUCACGGUCAUUAUCACCUCAACAAGCACCUGUUCAGCAUCCCAGAGGUCACUGAUGAAGAGGACAACAGCGUGGACGAGGACUAUAAUCACCGUCGCCACCGAAGACAGUCCCAAGCCAGGCCCAGCCGCACACACCUCCACCCCGAUGACCCCCACUACCACAGAACCCGAGACCAGCCUCACCACCACCACCACCACAGCAGCAGAGCUGAAGCCAAAGAGCCUUUACCCAGACACAGUGGUGGUGCUGUUGUCAGGGCUCGGCCCCAGCACAGGGUCCACUACGCAGACACAGUAGACAGCAUCAGCUACCCUGAGGAGGGGGAGCUGGUCCUCGGGCCCAGUAAGGAGAUGUGGGUGCGUCAGGCCCCCCAGAAGGUCCACAGCAGUGGGGGAAGGAACGGAGUGGGGACGGUUGCCCUGGUAGGCGGGCUAGGGGACAGGCUCAGAAGAGAAGCCUUGCUACGGAGUCAGAUGGCGGUCGCUGCGUUAACGUCCCAGGCCACCGGCCACGCACCAUGCUCCUACCUAGUCAGCAAGACCGUACGGACGGUCAAGUCCCCUGUGGGCUCGGUAGCAGAGAUCGACAUUGAGUAUGGGACUGACGAGGAGGAUCCAUUAACCUAUGACCGCGGGGAACGCGGGGAGGUGGUGGUGGAGCAGAUGAGUUCUGAGUGGUGGGUGGAGGGGUCACCGCCUGACCCCCUCACGCUGGCCCUGCGCCGGGGAAAACCUGCCCUCCAGGCCAUUGCAGCUGCUGCAGCAGAAUGGGAGCCUGACAGAGACCCGUCAAUGGAGGCUAGUGCUGGUUGGAGCGGACAGGCUGAGCUCUCUCCUAAGCUGACCAGGGCAGAGGCCAGGCAGGAGCUCAAUGAGAGCAUGGAGCCUGUGCGGCCUAUAGGAGACAACGAGGUGCGUAUCUUUGUAGCGCUGUUCCCCUACGACCCGGUUAACAUGUCCCCGAACCCUGAUGCCGCUGAGGAGGAACUGCCCUUCAGAGAGGGACAGAUCAUCAAGAUCUACGGAGAUAAAGACUCAGACGGGUUCUACCACGGUGAAUUGAAUGGUCGUCACGGUUACGUACCGUGUAACAUGGUGUCUGAGAUUCAGGUGGAGGAUGAGGAGACCAGAGAGACACUCCUGCAGCAGGGCUUCCUGUCUACCCACGCAAACAUGGAGAAGAUAGGCACUCGCUCACAUGCAAAGCUUCCGCGUCGGCCUGUCCCACCGCCGAAACCGAGACGAUCCAAGAAAGUUGAGUCUACUGCAAUGAGGGAGGAUAGCUUAGAAUCCUCCAGUCAAGAUCCCAGCCAGUCUGGUGUUGCCAUGGCGAACCCAGCAGGUCCCGUUCCUCGCAGGAUGAAGGCCAUCUUUGACUACGACCCUCGAGAGAGUUCUCCCAACGCUGACAUUGAGGCGGAGCUGACCUUCAGUGCCGGGGACGUCAUUUAUGUGUUUGGUGACAUGGACGAUGAUGGCUUCUUCUAUGGCGACCUAAACGGACACAAAGGCCUGGUCCCGUCUAACUUCCUGCAGGCUAUGCCAGAGGCUCCUCGGAAAGCCCCACCACCUGACCCUCAGCCUCCGCCUCUAGCAGAGCCCAGGAGAGAAUUACAGGUGAGCCCGAGCACCUCCAUGGAGCAGACAACACCAGAGGAGGUUCCACAUUCACCCCUACAGACAGGGCUGACUGGCCCAGUCCACACAUAUAUCCACCACCUAGACCUGAAUCCAUCCGCAGCAGCAGCCAUGAUAGACCCCUCCAUGGACCCUGGCCCAGGUGCAUACUAUCCCAACCCAGCCCCAAGACAAGCCGCCCCCAGAAUCAGCACCUCUCCACCCGACGUUCCACCAGAAAGACCCUCACAAACAGACCAGACAGAUGCCUCCCCACCAGGCAAGAAAAAGAAAGGCUUCUUCUCCAAAGGGAAGAAGCUUUUCAAAAAGCUUGGAUCCAGCAAGAAGGAUUGAAACUUGGGACAUUUACCCCCCCCCCCCCCCUUAUUGAAAGCACUUUUACAUGUUUGUUAUCAGUCUUCGUUGUCUUAGUCUAUGUUCAUUUAGUUGGAGUGUUCUGUCACUACAGAUACACUAACUUGUCCUUGGCCGAUAUUAUACAGCUAAAUAUACCGCUUCAAUGGGCUUUCUUGAUAAUACCAGCUGUCAAUAGAGAUCAAUAGUAAUGGAUUUUUUUAAGGCACUAACUCCACUAUGGUGUGUAGGACAAAGCCUAUGAGGAGAUUAUUGUUUUUAAAUACGUUUUUGUAGGGUUUUAGGAUAAAUGUUGAAAAUAGGAUCUGUGGUAAACACAGGCUUAGGAGAUCUUAUACGUUUUUUUUUAAUGAGAUCAUCUUCAUCAGCUAAUGUCACUUUUUGUGAACUUUCAAGCAUUUAUGUUAGGAAAAAAAGCACAUUAAGGCUUCAUAAUUCAUAAAGGUUAUGUUAACUGACUGAUAUUAUUUCAUAGAACAGAAAGUAUAAGAUCUCCUAAGCUUGUGUUAACCUCAGACCUUAUUUUCUGCAUUUAUUUAUCCCAAAACCCUGUUCUUUCCCCAUUAAUUUUCCCCAUAGGAAUGGUUGAACAAACCAAAGGUAACUCAUUUCCGUUUUUUUGUAUUUUAAACACCAGUUUGGUCAGUGAGACCCUCUCUGUCUCAUAUAAAAAGUAUUGUUUUUAACGAUAAUUGUACACUUUCACUCAUUAUGAGCUCACUACAGUAUAGCUGAAUGGAAGUUUAACAACUCCGUCCAUUCAUUACGAUUGACAACCAUAAAGUCAGUUAUUUUAGAUCUUUGUGUUGAAGUGGAGUAUGUUUGGUAAAUUGUGUUUUUGGUGUGAGGAAGGAUGGAUUUUAUGGCCUCCUGAAGUGUGUAGACAAAGCGAGACUGACGGUGGCGAGACUGAAACCUAUCUAUGCCUUUCUGUCUAACGUUGGCGCACAGAACUCAUACUUGUGUGUGUGUGUGUGUGUGCGUGUGCGCGCGUGUGCGUGCAUGUCUGGGCGUGUAUGGGGUAAUUUCCUGUCACUGUACUUUCAUAGUAUAGUCCAGGGUCUGUCUUGAGUCUGUCCUUAUUCUUUCGGUGUAGAUGUUUAUUUUCCUCCAUUUUAGGAGUGUUGUAAGGACAAUGAACACUAAAACGUUUGGAAGUGUUCAUUUUAUUCUACCAUGGUUAACAACUCAACUCAUGGACUGUAGCUGCAUUGUUUGAUCCAGCUGCUCCAUCCAGUAUAAUAUGCAGUAAUAGUUUUCUGAAGGUGUCCAAAUGACAGGCAAAGUUAGUAAAUGUAAUAAGUUGGUUUUAUUUGUGUGUUGUGUUGAAUACAGGGCUGGUGUUAAAUGUUAAUCAUUUCUCAGGUUCAACUAGUUUUAGUCACUCAGCUCUGCUCGGUUGAGCCACCUCCUCUCACUAAAAUGUGUCUGUUGAACCGCAGAGGGAGAUUCUUGCCAAAACAUUAGGUGCUUUAUCCGUUACUAUAACGAGGAGAUACCAAGCAUGAAACACCAGGGGUGUGUUCAUUGGGGUGAAAUAGCUCGAAAUAUACAACAUAGUAUGUUCUACCUAAUAACAGCCUAUGUGAGACAUGUCUGUUCUAUAGGCCACAGUUUUAUCUGCAACUUUCUGAACAUUGCUUGCGACCCAUUGGAUUAGCCCCAGCAGAGGGCGGAGUCUAAGCACACCUGACUCCAGACAUUGGAGGAGGCAAAUCUGGUUUCUUUGAUGCUAUGAAUGUUUUGAGUUUUAUUUAUGUAUUAUUUUAAUUGUAUAGUUCUAUCAGUGUUACAAAUUACAGUGCCUUGCGAAAGUAUUCGGCCCCCUUGAACUUUGCGACCUUUUGCCACAUUUCAGGCAUCAAACAUAAAGAUAUAAAACUGUAU